AUGGCGUAUUUGAGUAUCGGCAUGGGAAUUGUAACCGCCACGGCAUUUGCCGCGUGCUAUGUGCGAUUCGCUUCCGUGGAAGUCCUGGGGACGCCAUACUACCAUACCAGUGUGGCAACUACAGCCAUCGCUUCACUUGUCGAACUUGGCUCUGAACCGAUUUUUGCAGUCAUGCAGCAGUACAUGUUGUACAGCAAGCGCGCUGCUGUUGAGAUAAGUGCCGCCUUUUCAAAAAGUCUGGUUACAUGCGGCACAUCCAUAUGGGCUGUGCGAUAUGGUCACAGCCUUGGAGCGCUGCCAUUUGCGUUGGGUUACUUGUCCUAUGCGUGCACAGUCUUUUGCGGCUAUUUUAUUGUUGCAGCAUAUCAACGCAAAGAUUGGCAUUUCUCAUUGUGCCUUUCGCGGAUAAACGCAAGCGACAACUCAACAUACAUUGGGGGUAUAUUCUCGUGGCGCCUGGUGACAUUAUCCGCAAAUGUUUUCUUUCAGUCCGUGGUAAAGCACCUGCUAACACAGGGAGAUUCAAUGAUCCUUGCCGCCAUGACUAGCUUACAGGACCAGGGGAUAUACUCGCUUGCGUCUAAUUAUGGUGGACUACUGGCUCGUAUCCUAUUCCAGCCAAUUGAAGAGAGCAGUAGGCUUAUCUUUUCAUCACUUCUCAACUUCAAGGGAGGCAAGAGGCAGGGGGACAAUGUUGCAGCUGCCAAGAACCAUUUACUCACUGUUAUGAGAGGAUAUAUGAUGAUAUCAAUCUUGAUCAUCCCCCUUGGGCCAGCUUUGGCCCCGAAGGCUCUCCAUAUCUUAGGUGGACGGCGAUGGACGGCGCCUGAAGUUGAUGGCCUCCUCGCGCUUUACUGCUAUUAUAUCCCCUUUUUAGCUUUCAACGGUAUCUGCGAAGCAUUUGUCUCUUCGACUGCGAAUCCAGCAGAACUUCGAAAGCAAGCUGUGUGGAUGGGUAUCUUCGUCAGUACGAAUUGGACCUAG